GGCUUGAAGGACAACAUGGCUACUGUUGCUGGUUAGAAAGUUUGCCAAGAAAAACUUUCUUUCAAUGUUUUAGCGAUUGAUUGGAACUACCGCAGUUUUCACGUGCUGGCACUGGACAACUUAAGUAUUUGAAAGAUGAAUCUGUACUUGGCAGCCACCUACAUCAUAGAUGCACGGUACGGCAGAAAUGGCCAGUUUGAAGCAGAUGACAACUCCGUAAGGCUGUACAACCUCUAUACCCACUGGCUGCCCAAACUGGUGACAUACUUCUUCCUCCUCCUCCUGCUGUCUCUGGCUAUAUUUGAGAAGCCUGCUGUGCCUGGACUGGAGAUCGAGUACUGGGUAACCAUGCCCAUGGAGCUGAUCUGUCUGAUUGUAAUUGGCAGCAGGCUGUUCCAUCUAAAGCUCUUCUCCCCCGGGAGGACUUUUUACUCAGACAAGAAGAACAUAGUUGUCCUUGCUACAAUUGUUAUAGUGGUGAUAGACAUGAUCACCUACAUAGCAUUGGUCAAUUCCGGCCAGUCCAUGUAUGCAUACCGCUGGUCCCGCCCGCUGCGACCCUUAAUACUUGUCAACAUAACCGAGGGCAGACAGAUUCGUCGUGCUUUCCGGAACAUCCGCCGUACCCUGCCGGACAUCUUGAAUGUCCUGGUCCUGUUCUUCCUCAGUAUCGCACUUUUCGCUCUGAUGGCUCUGAAAAUCUUUGAGAGAAGACCAGAGUUAAGACUGUAUACUGACAACAGCCCAUACUUCAAGCACUACGGUGACAUCUAUUUCCAGUUGUAUGUGCUGGUAACGACUGCCAACAGUCCUGACAUCAUGAUGCCAGCUUUUGACAGCAACAAGUGGUUUUCCCUGUUCUUCAUCGUGUAUUUGGUGGUCUGUCUGUACCUGUUCAUGAGUAUCAUCCUCGCUGUCAUCUACAAGAACUACAGAAGACAUCUUAAGAACGAGAUAAAGAAGUCGGUGUUCAUCAAGCGUGUGAAGCUGAACCGUGCGUUUGACGAGCUGAAGGAGCAGCAGGAUGGGAAGUCGGUGGUGACAGAGAAGACGUGGAACGCCGUGAUGCAGGAGGUUCUACCCAACAGGAACCAGGUCUACUACAGUCUGCUGUGGAUGGUGCUGGACAAGGAUGGCAAUGGUUACAUAGAUCAGAACAUGUUCCUGCAGGUGGCAGACCUGCUAAACGUAGAGGUGUCAGAAGUCAGGAAUCAGAAACACCUGAUCGAGAAGUUCUGGCCUCACAUUUACAACUCUUCUGUCAGCAUUGCUGUCAGACAGGUGGUCAUGCACAAGUUCUUCAGAUACUUCUUUGACCUGGCUAUUGUGGUCAAUGCCUUCUUCAUUGGGUUCAACCUGGAUGAGGCAGAGUGGUUCUUCCUGUCUGUGUUCACCUGUGAAAUCAUCCUCAAGCUCUACACCUACGGCUUCAGGGAGUUCUGCCGCAGAUUCUGGAACAUCUUUGAUUUCAUUGUGAUAUCAGCAGCCUUUAUAGCUACAAUUAUUGAAGCUGCUUUGGAAGAGUUGCAAUACAGUAGAGAGACACUAGAUGUCCUCCUUGUUCUUCGAAUCCUGCGACUCCUAAAACUUGUGGGGAGUAUUGACAGGUUCAAGAUCAUUAUCGGCACCUUGACCAACAUCGCCCCGUCCAUGUUUACCUAUGGAGGAGUUCUGUUUGUAUUUUACUAUGUGUUUGCCAUCAUUGGGAUGGAAGUCUGGGGAACCAUGUUGUCUGGGAAUGUCAACGUCACCUUCUGUAACAACCCGGCACUGAUUGGAACAGAGUUUGCCCGGGAUCACUACUGUAACAACAACUUCAGCGACGUCCUCACCUCCUUCGUGCUUCUGUUUGAACUGAUGGUCGUCAACCAGUGGCAUGUUCUGACCUCGGGGUUUGAAGCUGUCACCAGUGCGUGGGCACGUCUGUACUUUGUGGCCUUCCACCUACUGGUGGUCAUCGUGGUGCUCAAUAUAUUUUUGGCCUUUAUUCUGGAGGCGUUCAUGUUGGAGUCGUCCCUGUCUGCAGGCAAGUUCUCCAACGCUGUGGAGGAGAAGAUCAAGGAGAUGGGCCUGUGGGUCAGCAAGUAA